AUGGAGGGGCCACAGCACGAAGUACGAACACCUCCACCGCUCCCCUUCGGCGAGAGCCCCUCCCACCCACAGGGGCGCAGGGCGGGGCGGACACAGAGCCCCAACUCCCGGCCAGACGCCACAGCGGGCUUUCCCCAGCACCGCCUCACUGCCAAGGAGGCGGAAACCCCGGCAGGGGCGGGGCGGGAGGGGCGUGGCAUCGCAGCCCCGAACGCGCCUUCCGGCCAACCGGAUCCCACGAAGGCGGGGGAAGACGGGCUUCACGCCCCCUCGCCGCCGCGCCCUGAAAGCCGCACGCGGGAGACCCCCUUCCUGUCCCGCACACCCCGCGGGCCCAAAGCAAAGCAGCCCAAGGCCCCACCCACAGGGAGAGGAGGGGCGGGGCUGCAGCCGCGGGUAUUUAGCGCGAGCCCGUCCCGCCCCUUUCUCCACCACCGCACGCGCGCCGGCCCCGCCUCUGAUCGGCGGGACGAGGGCCCGCCCCUCCGUGCGCACCGGGACUACGCUCUCCUCCCCCUCCCGCACGGAGUGCGGCCCCGCUCCGCCCCCCAUAGCCACGCACGGGAAGCCGAGGUCAGCCCCCCCGAAAAAACACACGCCCUCCAGUCCCAGGUUACCCGCCACCCGGCUGCCGGACGGACCGCGACGCGGCGUGCUCUCACCGCAAAAGCUCCAGCCACUCAGCCUGCGCGUCGCUCCCGGCGUGAGCCUCGCACCCAGCACGGAGGCCCCGGAACGGCGCGGGCACAGGCCCGCAAGAGCGGACUGGCAACCUCCUUUGCGCUCACGAAGCGGUCACAGGCCUGA